UUAUUUUUUUUUACCCUGAUGUGACUUCUUCUUCUUGGAAUGAUGGGGACCUUUCUAGCUUAUAUUGGAUUCAUUUUCUUUUCAGUUAUGUAUAUUCAACAAGGACUUUCUACCCAAGCAAAAUUCACGGAGUUUCCMCGAAAUGUCACAGCCACUGAAGGGCAGAAUGUGGAGAUGUCUUGUGCUUUCCAAAGUGGCUCUACUUCGGUGUACCUCGAAAUCCAGUGGUGGUUUCUGCGGGCAGCUGAGGACCAAGAGGCUGGAGCUGAGGUGACAGGCACUCAGGUGGAGCUCAUGUCCGAGCGGGACCUGGACAGCGACGGCACGAAGAUCAGCACAGUGAAAGUACAAGGGAAUGACAUCUCCCACAAGCUGCAGAUUUCAAAAGUGAGGAAAAAGGAUGAAGGCUUAUAUGAGUGCAGGGUGACCGAUGCCAACUAUGGAGACCUUCAGGAAUACAAGGCCCAGGCAUUUCUCAAGGUCAAUGCUAACAGCCACUCUCGGCGAAUGCAAGCCUUUGAGGCAUCCCCCAUGUGGUUGCAAGACAUGAAACCUCGUAAAAACAUCUCAGCAGCUGUCCCAAGUAGCAUCCACAAUUCUGCCAAUCAGCGUGUGCGUGCCACCUCCAGCCCCGAAGCAGCAGCCAAAAUCCCCAAACAAAGUCCGCAAUCAGCAAAGAGCAAAUCGCCUGUAAAAUCCACGGAGCGGACAGCAAAGUUGACCCUAACCUCCAACCACCACUCUGCACCCAAUGUACUCUAAAUCUCUACACAAGGAGCACCUUCUUCAGGAAGUACAAACAAAUUCCUAAAUAAAUAAAUUAAAAUAAAAUAAAAUAUUAUAUAAAAAGAAGAGGAUACCACGUUUUCUUGAUAUAUUUUAUUUUCUUUGGCGUAUCACUGGUAUUUUAUUUGAAGAGAACUGGUGUGAUGUAAUCAAAUGUUUUGUAACAGCAAGACCUAGUUUCCUUUUCUUUCGGCAAGGAGAAGCCUCAUCCUUGACUUCUCAGGGGUUGGCCUGCGAGUCCUCAGUAUUACAGAAUUAACCAUGGAUGACAUUUGGUUUCCUACGCUGAAAGAACCGUUACAGCCUGGAAGCAAAAAGAGGCCAAAUAAUGAAACAAACCGUAGUGAUUUACCAUAAAUAAAAUACACACAAACUUUAUCAAAAAGCCUUUUUUUUUUAUUUUUUUCUUCUUUUUUGUUUUUUUUUGCAUGAGGAAUAGAAAGGAGAAAAUAUAUUCUACAAAGCAGCUCAGCAGACUCGGGGAUGUUGUUUCUGAAAAACACAUGAGAAUAUUUUUAUUUUGAGAUUUUUUUUUUUUGUUUUUGCUUUUUAAUAUACUAUUCUUUUUCCCCUGUGAGGUUUUUUUUUCUGUCUUUUUGUUUGUUUCUUGUUCAAUGGUGGCAAGUUCAACUUAGGCCAACCCCUGAUGACUGUGUGGAGGUUUAUAUAUAUACAUCCUUUUCUUUUUGUGUGUGUGUUCUAUAUUUCAGUGUGUUUUCUCUAAUUUUGCAACUCCUGUAUAUGCAAAACUGACUUAAAUUCUGUAAAUUGCUUACAGUCUGUGUGAUAUAACUUCAGAGUAGACAUACUUUGGUCCCCAUGCAAGCCAGUUUUUAAUAUUAUCUAUAUGUCGUGCCACCAAGAAACAUCUUUAUUUCCUUUUUUGACAAAGCAUCACUUUUUAGUUUGUAAUUCAGUAAUGUGUGGAUUUUGUAAUGCAUAUCUUCACUUUGACUGGUUUGACCCCCUUCAGCCCUMUGUUUACUCUGUAAAUGCACAUUAAAAUUUGUUAUGGUCUCUAGACAAUGAAUUAUUUUAGUUUGUAUGUUGUGUUGGAGUCCAAAUGCUGAAAGCUCUUUGAACUUGUGAUGUUUAUGGAAGAUGAAGUGAUUCAAUCACUAGAGACUGUAAAAUUUGGUAUUGGUUUGCAGUCAAAUACUGCGCAUAAAGAAAGGUUAGAAACAGGAAACAGACAAAUAAACCAGAACAUGUCUUUAAGAAUGUUCUUUUGGUAAAGAGUUUUAGGAAAGUGAAUUUAUUACACUGAUAAAAUAUAUUUGCAUCACAACUCCUUCUACAUGGCCAAAGAAGUGUCUUUCUUUGCUUUUUCUGGUAGUGGAUUGAUAUUCUUAAUUAAAAUACUUUUUGUCUGUGAACUGAAUGUGAGAAUUUUGCUGUUGAAUGAUGUAAUAUGCAUUACAUGAAUUACAUUCAUUAAUGCAGGAAGGAAAAAAUUGCUACCAUUUGCAGCUGCAAUCAGGAAGGUUUUUUUUCUUUUUUUUCUGUCUUUCCACUGAUGCUGAAAAAUUCACACCCUUUCAUUUAUCAGCACAGACAAUCACAUACAGCACAUGCUUAUUAUGAUCUAUUUAUAGCAGCAGUAAGUCGCUGCAGUGUGGUCAGCUGUGUGAUUUCUCCUCACUUUUUAAGUACUGUAGAAGAAAUGAAAAACUUAUGUUUAAUGUCUCAUCAGUGUGUGGUCUACAGGCCUAACAAAAAUGCUCAUAAAUCUGAUGUCUUCCCACAUUACUUUCAAAGGAUAAAGAACAAAUAAAGGCAUAGAAUCAACCUUUUGCAAAACUAAUGCUUCAGAACAGGAUAACAUAUUUGUGCAGAUCCAAUUUCCCAUGCAUUUUAGUGUAAGCUUGACUAGGAAUAGUCUUUCCUUGGUUUUAGACAAGUAUUAAUAGGAAUAAAGAGAGCAGAAGUUUGGCCUAAUACAGACAAAUCAGGAAUAACCAUCAGGACAAAAAUAUCAAAAUUCCUUUUAUUUCAGCAUAGAAUUUAUGACCCACCUGUAAUAUUGUAUAAUGAAAAAAAAUGUCCAUAGUUAUAACAGUUUAUCAGCCAAUUGACAAAAAUAUUAAAAAUUGUCCCCUUUAAAAUGUUCUGAAUCAAACCAAAUAUUGUGGAUCAGAGAGGAUACAAAAGGGGAAAAAAAGUCAGGGUCAGAGCUUUUUUGAAGUGUCACUUUCUGAACAAACCUGUGGAGCCAAAGUUUGAGKGCUCUGGAGAAAAAUCUACAUUUUCCCUGUGAAAUGGAUAUCUAUGACUGGGUGAUGUGAGAAACUCCUGCCUGGAGCUUGGAAACUUCMGUUUCCAUUGGUCUUAACUGGAACCAAAUGCUUAAUGUCACAUGURUUUUGUUUGUUUACUGUGUCCAUAUAUCUUGUAUGAUUAUUCCAUGUAUUCACAGUCAUAGAGUCUACCUGUCAUGACAUAUGGCAUCUGACAGAGCAUUUACCYUCACUUUGCUGAAGUUGUUACUAUGUUAAAAUGAUACUGUGUUUUGCUUUAUGCUGUUAGCUGCUUGGAUAUAAAUCACCAUGUACUAGGAAUUCAGAUUAAAGAACCAGCUGAAAUUAAAAGCAGAAUUCUAGACCACUUGGAUUAGUGUGAUGCAAGCCAGAAGACAUUCCCAUAUUGUGAUCUGCUGUUGUUCAACUGUGUCAGUAAAAAAAAACAAAAACAAAGGACCAAAGAAAUCUGUAGGACUUUUGGAAAGCCUUUAAAUUUUGCAUGAGAUGCUAAGGGGACAAAGCAAUUGUCUUCUUUCCCCUCUCAAGGUGGCACACCCAGACGAGUGAUCCAGCCCUUCUGGUUGCAGAUCUAGAGCACAGCUUUAGUGUCUGCCAAUCUCUGUGUAUGCAGCAGCAACAGCUCCUAACAGGAGAAAAUACUGCAUUUCUAAAUUCUAUACUGUGUCUUAGCAGCUAUUCUUCAUAUUGAGAAUCUGCCUAGAGCUCCUAAAAUUUCUCAAAAUGGAAAUCAAGAUACAGUAGCCCCCCUCUUUUCUAAGAAUUUUGUUAUGAAUAAUGUUUAGCAUAGGAAUGGAACUACUGCCAUUUUCUGCUUGUUCCAGUUCUAGUUUGGAUUUAACAAAAAUAGACUUUAAAAGUGGCUUAAUUAUAUCCUGAAAAGCUCCCUGUUGAGCUGGGUAUGUAGAAGAGCAAUUUGUAUCUGGCAGUGGUAACAUCUCUCAGCUUAAUGUCCUUAACCUUUUCACAAAAAGAGUCCAGUUUUGAGGUGGUCUUUUACAUGACUCAUGCUUCUCAAUUUGUAUCCCCAAAGCCUCGUUGCGUGUGUGACUUUCUUCAGAUUGUUCCAACAGGUUUUGUUUUUAAUAGAAGAAUAAGGAUGGGUGAGUAUGAAACACUUUUGUAUUUCAAGGUGUAUGCCAUCCACACUCACACRCUUUGAAAUGUGAUCUAUCAUCAGGAUAAAAGAAAUGUGUUCCAGCCCCAUGAGAUGUCAAUGACAGCCUUUGCAUUACAUGAAAAUCUGUGACAUUUUGUUACUACUAUCAGGGAUUAGUACUGCAACAGAGCCUGUCUCAAAAAUUCUCCUUUUCAUUGGGUUACCAUAUUCUUUGAUGCUCUGGAACUUCGUGCAUAGAAGUUGCUGCAUAAUGUGUUUGAACUUCUCUUUCUUAAUUGUAUUUGGUAGACUUUUUGAAGAAAUUUGYGGGGCAUGAUGCGGGUUAAGAUAAUGGAUUUAAAACAAAGCUUGGCAAACUAAUUUAAGAUUGACAGUUCCUCAGAGCUCCUAUUAAAAAAGGUACUAGAAAAUUUGAAUGAUAAACACUGAAUCAGUCAGAAGUAAUUUUUAUUUCUUCAUUCUCAAUAUUGAAUAUUGAUAUUACAGCACUACCUGAAGGCAAAGAUCAGAAGUUGGUAUCAACAUUAAACAUCAUGGCAAAAGCAAUAGCACUGUUUGGAAGUUCAUACUUUUUCAUGUAGUUCAUUGCUACUGUGGUUCAAGAUCAAAACCCGAAAACCAGGUUUAUUCAUAUUCAUUCUUAAAAGUACUUUUGCUUCAUCCAAAUUAAAUGAGGAACAGUGGCCAAUACAAAAAUAUGAAUGCUUGCCUAACAUUUUUCAGUGUUAAACAUUUAACUUCUAAUGAACUUUAAUUUCUAAUGAUCUUAACUUAUAAUGAUCUUAAGUGAUGUCAUCGUGUAUGUCAUCUUUAAAAAAAAUUAAAAAAAMCACCUUUCCCCCUCCCCCAAAAAACCCCAAACCAGCCCUGCUGUCAGUCUUCAAUUCCUUCCUCAAAAAAAAMCCCCAAAAAUAAUCCAAACAUUUGUCAUUUGCAGUGUAUGGGAGCAUUUGUCCGUGACAUUAGUGUUGGUAAAUGUCAAAUGUUGUUUAUAGAGCUAAAAGCAUUAGGAACUAAGAAUGGGAUCAUCAUACUUUGCAAUAAUAAAUUUUUAAAGGUUAAUCUUCCAUGAUUAGCUCAGCUAAACAAUGCUAAGCACACAGUAAAUUGAUUAAUGCAACUCACCAUAAAUGCCUUCAGUCUUUUGUUCUGAGCUUCCUAAAUAUUGAUUUAUUUGAUUUCACAGUCAUAAAGUUUGCACAUACACUGACAUAGCUGAAAGAUUAUACAUAGUUUUUCUAGUGCUUUACAUCCAAACAAUACAAGAAGAAAGUUAAAUUUGUCUGUAACCRUGAAUUACAAUCAAUUGGUGGAAUACUUGCAAAGGAACAAAAGUGUUCUUUCCUGAAAGUCAAAUUUAGUUGAAAUCUUAUUUAAUUUAUCCUUUUUCUGUUUUUAAAAAUGUUUCAAUCUAAAAACCAAGACAAUGCAAGUAUGUCUUAGUACUCCUUUCAGAAAGGUGAUAGAGGACAAAGUAAUGUAACAUUUGUUAUGAAAAAUCUAGGAGGAAAAAACAACCUUUUCAUUURACAACAAUCUAAACUCUCACAAUGUCCUAUCACCUCAAAAUAUCUUGAUUUUUAUAYAUAUAAAAAUAUAUUAAAAAUUUGAUUUCCAACUUAUCAUGCUGAUAGUAGAGAUAGACUUCAGAAGGGAGCAAAUGAUUUUUCAAUUAUUGAAAUGCUCUUUCACAUUGAUGUUACAACACAGAAGGAGGUCUUAUGUGUAUAUGAGACUAUUUAGUGAGUGACAGCUCAUAAGGAAGCCAAAAUAUGCAUAAUAGACUAUUAAUUCCUUUCUUGUUUUUAUGUGCCACGAACUUGAAAAACAAGAGAGAAGAUUGCGUCUGACAACUARCUGCUUAAAAUAAACCRUUUCAUUGAAAUCUUUGAAGAAGCWAACUCCUUAUUAGAAUGACUUAUAUAACUAUGACCUUUGAAAUUAUAUGGGGUUUAGAUUUUUAAGAAGAGUUAUAUAUAUUGUAUAUAAUAUCCUUGUAUGUAAAAUUGAGAAAGGAGAUAAUUACUUCUUAUACUACUUCUGAUAGAAGAUUGUGUUCAUUGCUGCUGAUUGUUUUCAAUACSAAAUGAUUUAAAAGACCCUUAAAAUCAUUGGCAACUAUCCUUCAAAAAAAAAUAGGUUCCAAUUUUUCUGAUCAUCUACAAUACACUUUAGUUUUUGGGGGUUAACCAGCCCUGAUUCAGGUUUUCGAAAUGUUGUUCUUUCAUCAUAAUAGAGAAGAAGGAUUCUACACUUUAUUAAAAAUAAAUGUCAACAUGUUUACUAAACCACUUUAAUGUCUUUUUCUUUGGUGAU